AUGGAUACAGUCGGGUCGUCAGUAUCUGACGCCGGUCAUGGACGGCUUGGCGCGGUGAGAGGGGGCGGCGAGCGAGUGGUGUCGCUGCUGGUGGGUCCUGAGAGGACGCAGUUCCUCUGCAACGCGUCGCUGCUCUCGCGCCACUCGCCCUUCCUCGCCUCGCUGCUCAGCGACCGCUGGUCCGCCGCUGCUCCCCGCACCCGCGUGGAUGACGCGGAGGGAGUUGCGCCAAAGGAGAGCGAUGAAGAGCGCGGGAACAUAUCGUUGCAAACACGUGCGCCUCUGGGAUUUAAUUGCUGA